GUUAUAUUUAUGUCAUUGUGUCAUACGUACUUGGUACUGUCUGAUGGAUCUCGUGGAUAAAACCAUUUUAUUGUCUUUGAAACAAGACCUUCGUAUUUUGAGUGACAUCAUUGAAGAUAUAGCCCGAUCAACUAAGGACACCGAUAUCAAAUGCUGGCUGUUUCCUACCAAGGACAUAUGGUUCUUCAAACAAUUUAUCGAAGAAUAUAAGAUUUUCCAAGGCCAUAAGAAAAAUGUUUAUUUGGAAUUAAUUUUAGAUAGGUUCUAUGUUGGAACGCACCUAAUUUUAAGGUAUAUAGACGAACAAAUAAAAAAUUUUGGAAGUGUUUAUGACAAAACGCCAUUUCUUCAGAAGCCAAAGCAAGUUACACUAGGUUGUAGCUUCGACAACUUAUGGAAAACUAUACAGCAACUUGUUCAUAGAAUGGCUUCCAACAAAGACAUUUCAGGAAGGAAUGCUUCUAGAUCUGAAAGCUUAGGUAUCCUUGAUUACAGCAUCAACAAGAGCUGUCAAACGGAUAUCGUUUCAUUAAAUAGAUGCGAUAGUUGUGCGUCAGCAGUUUCUUGUAUGAGAAAUCUACUGCUAAGUCUCGAAAACGGUCAUAUCGAUAACUAUGGCAGCUUCAAGAAGGUGCGACCUAAGUUAUACGAUGUAACUCAGUUUGGGUGCAUGCUUCAAACUACAACAACUAUAGAAGGUGGUCUGAGAAAUCUGUAUAAAAAAAUCAAUGAAUAUGAAAUCAAAAUAGAAAAAUUAGCUGAAAUGAAUAAAAUAAUGGAGCGAGAGAAUGCCGUUUCGCAAAGAAAAGCCACAUUCUUCGAACAACAAAAUAAAGUUUACAAGGAGAAACAAGAUAAAGACUCGAAGAAGUUCCAAACCCUAACUAUUGAUAAUGAUAACCUUUUGAAUGAACUGGAAAGAGCAAAGAAGAAAAUUCACGAACAGAAUAAAUUAAUAACACAACACGUCACCUCGCUGAAAACUCUUGAAAAUAAUUUGAACAAAGUCACCGCUGACAACAUGAAUUUGGAGUCUUGCUAUGGCAGUGUAUCUACGGAAUUGAAAAGUAUUAUGAGACGAGGUGAUAUAGCUCAAAAAACUAUGAAACGUAUUGAGAAAGAAACAAAAUCUAUAUCUAUCUAUCUAGUAACUGCAGAUAGUUAUGUUGAAAAUCAUAAUCGGAUGCUGAAAAACUCUAGUAGGAUAUCUAGUAAUACAGCAGAAAAAGUUUCUAAUAUGACAAGCGACUUGAAGGAGGAAUUUGACGCGCUAUUUAAAAGGUUCAAAGAGUUUAAGGAGCAAGUACUGGAAAAAGUUGCUGAGACCCGUAGUGCCAGUGGAGGCGCCUCCAAUUUUCAGAUAACUGGAAAUCCUGCGGAAGAUAUUUCGAGGCAAAUUGAAGCAAAUAACGAGAAAAUCAAAGCAUUACAAAAGGAAAAUCAGAAACUAAGCAUAAUUGUUUCCAGAUUUAAUACUAAUUAAGUGUAGAUUCUUAAAAAGUCUUUAAAUAUAAGUUUUUCAGCAUGCG